AUGUGUUGGCUUUGUCUGCGGAUGAAUUCGGAUCAACUCAGACUCAAGAAUCCCCAUUGUCGACAUGGUCUGUGUCGAUACUGUCUUCUGACCCGCAGGAUGUUGCCUUUGCCACAGAAUUCAUCUGUCGUUUGCCCCUUGUGUCACCUGACGUCUGACGAGCCCAUGAACUCUUCCGAGGACGACAAAGGCUUUCGGAUUCUCUCCCUUGAUGGUGGUGGUGUCCGCGGACUGAUUGAGGUCCUUGUUCUGAAGCGUUUGGAAGAGGUGUUCGCGCCCUUGAAGUGCGGGAGGUCUAAUCGCCAUGGCCCUUCUGAAAGGAAUCCCUUUGUCUCGCCUGGAGGAGUUGCUGGAGACCAUGGCCAGGGACAUUUUUUCAGUCAACCGUGUGCGAAAAGCAUUCCGCCUUCCCCUAUGUACGAGACGCGUCGGUUCGAAGACGCCUUGAAGACUUUAUUGGGCAAUGACGACCAUAUGAGUAGUUUCAGCGGAGACGCACCACCCUAUGUCUUCUGUGCGAUUCACAUCCUGGACUGA